AUGCCUCUUAAAAUGGAGAAGAAAACUUUAUCCGCAUCGUGUGGAGACUUUCGUUUGUUAGCAAGCGUGGUCGACACCCACAUCAUCGAUAAGAACGGGACAUUGAGACCCGUUCCACCAAGCCGUCAGCCUUCCCCGUUGAAAGCGGCGACUAAAUCUGCGCGUAAGGUCAGACCCGCCAUCCCCGUGAAGGCGGCAACCAACGCUACCCCCGUUCUUGGCAAGACUGCCUCCCCUGUGGCGGCCGCAGCCAAAUCAUCAGGCCGCACCGCCUCCCUCGUGAAGGCGGCGACCAAGAAACCAGUUAUUGGCAGAACUGCCUCCCCAGCGGAGGCGGCAGUCAAGGCAGGUAUACCAGGCCGUACUGCUUCCUUAGAGGAUGCGACGACCAGCGCGGCAGGCCGCACCGCCUCCCCUGAGCAGGUGGCGACCAAAUGCACACGUAAGGUUAGUACCGCCAUCCCCGAGAAGGUGACAACCGAAACAACCCCCGUUUUUGGCAGCACUGCCUCCCCAGUGGAGGCGAAAGCCAUAGCACCAUCAGGCCGUACUGCUUCCCUCGAGGAUGCGACGACCAGCGCGGCAGGCCGCACCGCCUCCCUCGGGGAGGCGGCGACCACUUCCACUACGAGGUCAUUCGCCGAGCCGUUGGCUUCCAUCCCGGCGGGUAAAAUGGAUGUCGACGUGGCAGUCGGUCCAUCCAACGGGAAAAGGAAGGCCAGCAGCGACCUGGAGGACGAGUACUCGGAGGCCGUUCGUCCUCGAUUGGAACACGUUUCAACGAAUGUGCAACGGUGCACCUCGUUGCGUGAAGUGCGCUGGGUGCCCAAAACACCCGAAGGCGGCGGAAACGAGGGCGCCGGCGGCAGCCCCAAAGGUCAAAGCGACCGUUCCCCCGAAGGACCUAUUCAGGCGCAAAAGGGGAACAAAAAGGCUCCAGUAGUCGCGGCGAAACCCGUGAAAGCGGUUAGUAGUCAGGCGAAAAAGCCGAAAGGCAACGCUAACGUUGCCCCCAAAGCGAACGCUCCAGCUACCAAGGUAGUUCGGAAAGAGGUCGCGGCGCCCAAAGCUAAGCUCAACAAGCCGAAGCGAAAGGCGACCGACGACCCCCCGAAGCUCUCGAGGUCGCAGAGGAGGCGUCACAAUAGGAGGCUUCGUAAAAGCGGGUCGAUCGCGGUUGAACCCCCAACCGACCCCCUCGUCAGCAUACUGGCGACGAUGAGCGAGGUCAUCCAAAUCGACAAAUCCGAUAGGGACGCACGAGUUAAGUUGUGCGUCCAAAUCAUGUCCGAGAUGAUGAAACUCUUAUGA